AAGUUAUUCAGGGAACUUAAAAGAAUUUUAUGAAAUAAUUAAGAUAGAUUAAAAAUUACAAAGAGAAAUUCAUUGGAAAAUGUUACAGAUAGUGUUAUCAGGUAAUAUGAAACAGGAAGAUAUAAAUGUUGUGAUUUUUUGGGCAGGUGGUAUUCAAAAGAAGCUCCUGAACGGUAUAAACGCUAUGCCUUUCCUAUGAUUCAUAUUUGUGAAGUAUCUCGGGAUUUUCAAAUAAGAAUAACUUUGUGAUUUUGUGUGAUAUCGGAAGUAUGUCAGUGUCCAAGGAAUUAACCAGUGAUGCCUUACCAAAGGCAUCAGCUAAUCUAUCAAUGGCUAAGAUCUCCCUGGAAGAUUUGGAGUUGCUGGAGAAAGAUUUACUUUUCUACGAGAAGGUAUCCGUUUGCUUCUUGCUGCUUCGUGGGCAAAGGGAUCUCAAUUUUCUUCUUGAAAAAUUAAUAACAGCCUUCAAAAUUAAUCGAAUAGGAAGAUUGGAGGAUACAAAGAUUAUCACUCCAUGGGCACGGAGUGAUCCAGAUUACAAAUGGCGGGAGCAUCUUGUGGAAGCACUAGCCAUUGUCAAGAGCAAUAAAGUGCUGAAGAAGUUGGGAUUUGAGUUGAGUGAUCUUCAAGAGACUUACCAUCCACAUAUUGACGAGUUUUCGGUGCAUGUUCAUCCCAUCCUCAAAAUUCUGUACAGGAUGUGUGAGAAAAUGCCACGAAAUGGAAGACAGAGGUUGAUUCAACACAUCCGAAAUGAUUGCCAAGACUUCAUCAAUGUAGGAGUGGAUGCAGAAGAUUUCUUGGAGAUUUACUUCCUUAGUUGGAUUCAAUUGAAGAUCAUCUCAAUUGGUGAUAAGAGUGGCCUUGGAGCGCAAAUUGAUAAAGUUUUGGAAUUUCUGAAAGUCAAUGAAAUGGAUGAAUUUUAUGAUAAACUCACGAAGUUUACUGCAACAUCCCUUGAUGCAACAGUUCAGGAGGGUAGUAGUCCUGUGCGACCGAAACAACCACCAAAGAGCAAUGCAAUGAAGAAGAUUAACGAGGAGAAUUACUUCCAAAUGAAUCCUGACGCUAUGGGAUACGUUGUCAUUGUGAAUGAGAAGAAUUUCCAUAGAGAUCCUCUAAGGAUUGUUGAGACAUCCUUCCUUCAGCGUGAUCUUGAGACACGACAUGGCACAGAGAAGGAUGUUGAAAGUCUCCGUGAGACAUUUUCAGCUCUUGGAUUCAGUGUGAUUGUCAAGGAUGAUUUGACGAGUGAUGAGAUUUUAACAACAUUGACAGAAUACGUUGAGAAGACGGCCUCCAGAUCCCUCUCAUCCCUCAUCAUUGUGAUGCUCUCUCAUGGAUUUGAGGGCAGUAUCUAUGGGUCCAAUAGCAUCCCUGUGGAAAUUCGUAGAAUCAAGGAAGCUCUGUACUGUGAGAAGUUGAAGGACAUUCCGAAGAUUCUCAUUAUUCAGGCGUGUCAGAACAAUGAUGCCUUCCUCAAUGGAAAACUCACCAUUGAUGCUGCUCCCUCGGUUGAUGCUGCAGCAAACCUCCUCGUGGCCUUCUCAACAGUUGAAGGAUUCACUUCCAUUCGUCACACAACUGAGGGUACAUGGUUCAUCCAGAUUCUCUGUGCUAAAAUCCGUCAAUUGUACAAAAAGGAGCACUUUGGGGAUAUUCUUACGAAAGUAACAUGCGAAGUAGCUGCCCAAAUUGGUGAUGGUGGACAGAAAAUGAUGCCAAAGUACGAAUCAACACUGUUGAAGAACCUCUACUUCUUUCCACAGUGAAGGAUUAUGUGAUUGAUUGCCUUUUACUAUCAUUUUAUUUGAUAAGAAAUGUUUAUAUAUCUUCUCUUUUUAAUUAAAAUCACUAUGGAUUCCACACGACA